AUGCCUCCUAGACACCGAGCACAAAGAGCUCCUCCUGUGGGGGAUGACAUGAAUGCACAAGAGGGUAUGCUGGGAGCGUUUGACCAGAUUGUUAAUCAGUUUUUUACAGCAAUGAACCCUCAGCCCCCGCCUGAUUUUAGCAUUAAGAGGGCCAAGGAUAAUGGUGAUGAGAAGUUUUCUACAGCCAAGGAUCCCAUCGAGGCCCAGGAGUGGAUUGAAAAUAUGGAGAGAGUGUUUACUAGGUUAAAUGUUCCUGAUGACCGUAAGGUUGGCAUUUCUAGAGAUUAUGGGGAUGCUUCUCUCAUGGCUUGGGAUGAGUUCAAGGCCCAUUUCAAUGAUCGUUACUGUAGUCGAGCUCAUCUCCAUAGGAUGCAGGAUCAGUUUAUGAAUUUACAGAAGGGAGAUAUGUCCGUCUUGGAGUUUGAGCAGCAUUUCCUUGCUAGAGCUCAUCAUGUUCCUGACUUGGUACGGGACGAGCAUGAUAAGAUAUACAGGUUUGUUCGGGGACUUGGGGGUGAGUAUGAGGAAAAGAUGCAAGCGGUGUUGUAUCCGAGAUUUAAUGAUGCAGUUGGGGCAGCUUUAAAUAUUGAGACCUCACAGAUGGGUAGCCGACCCCGAGACCUUGGUGGCCCUAGUCAGGGGCCGUCAAAGAGAGCGGCAUCUACAUCCGGUUCCGGAUCUUCUGUGGGUAGUGGACGUAGUAGCACAUCUGGUCAUUCAGCCCGAUCUAGGCUCAGAGGUAGCCGCAGAUUUGCUGGGGGAUCUGCAGGCAGACGCCCCUUUAGUCAGUUUAGGGGUGGUAUGAGUGGUAGUAGGGGAGCCCACAGUAGUCAGUCAGGUCAGUUUGGACAAUAUCAACCAGUUGGGUGUUUCAAGUGUGGCGAACCAUGUCACUUUAAGAGAGAUUGUCCCUAUUUGACUCAUAGAGUCGCGCCUACAUUUUACCAGACUGCAGGUCAGACUUCAGUUGAUGCUUCUAGCAGUGGCUCACGUGCUAGUUCAGCAGUUAGAGGCGGUCCCCAGCAGGGUAGAGGUCAGAGAGGACGCCCUACCACUCAGGCUAGAGUUCAUGCCAUGACAUUUCAGGAGGGUCGCACCUCGCCCGAGGUUAUCAUUGUUCUGGUUGAGGGCUAUAACUUGGAGGCAAAUUUAAUUCCGUUAGAGAUGGUUGAUUUUGAUGUGAUUUUGGGGAUGGAUUUCUUAGAGGCACAUCAGGCUUUGGUCGAUUGUUUCCAGAAAACUGUAGUGUUCCGAAGUCCGGGGAAGCCGGAGAUUACGUUUUGUGGAGAGCGGAAUAUUUUGCCAUCUUGCUUGAUUUCAGCAGUCACGGCAGGUAAAUUGCUGAAUAGGGGUUGUCAGGCAUAUUUGGUUCAUGUUGUGGAUACUAGUAUGGGAGUUCUUAAGGUUGAAGAUAUUCUUGUAGUCAAGGAGUUCCCUGACGUUUUUCCUGUGGAGUUGCCUGACUUACCUCCUGCACCUUACGGGAUAGCCCCGACGGAGUUGAAGGAGUUGAAAGUUCAAUUGCAGGAGUUAGUGGACAAGGGUUUCAUAAGGCUUAGUAUGUCUCCUUGGGGUGCCCCAGUGUUGUUUGUAAGGAAGAAGGAUGGUAGUAUGAGAUUGUGCAUUGAUUAUAGGAAGUUGAAUCAAUUGCGGAUUAGAGACUUUGACAUAGCCAAGACUGCCUUUCGGUCACGCUAUGGUCACUAUGAGUUUGUGGUGAUGCCGUUUGGGUUGACAAAUGCACCUGUUGCUUUCAUGGAUUUGAUGAAUAGGGUGUUUCGCCCAUAUCUAGACCGUUUUGUCAUUGUGUUCAUUGAUGAUAUUCUGGUCUAUUCAAAGAGUGAGAAGUUACAUUCAAAGACUCAAGGCAGCUCAGAGUAG